AAUAAUAUAAUUUAUGCAAUAUGAUGGUUUGGAAAGAAGUGGCAGCAUGUAUAAGUCACUGAAAUGUCAUUGGAGUGAAGACAUAGUCCAGAGAGGGAGGUGUAAAGCUACAGGAAGCUAAAGCUGUGUGUAUUUGUGGAUCAGACAAGUGCAGCAAGUUAUUAUCAUUGGCUUCUGAAGGGGAGAGUGAGGUGAUGGCUGCGUUUAAGUUGGAUUUCCUUCCAGAAAUGAUGGUGGAUCAUUGCUCUUUGAAUUCCAGUCCCGUGUUGGAUUGAUUGAGCAUCCCAGGAAGGCUGGCUAUGGAACAUUGCAUGAAAAUCACUUGGAAUAUAAAAUUGCAGAUUCUUGGGCCCAUGCCCAGAUAUUCUUACACUGGAGUAGGGUCUAAUAAUCUGUAUUUUAACGAUAUCCCAUGUAGUUUUUGUGUACACCAGAGUGUGAGAACUAAUGGGCUGAAUGUAGGCCAUUCUGAAUAGAGCUCAAAGAAAAUGAACGGCACCCUGGACCACCCAGACCAACCGGAUCUUGAUGCUAUCAAGAUGUUUGUGGGCCAGGUUCCGAGGACCUGGUCUGAGAAGGACUUGAGGGAACUCUUUGAACAGUAUGGUGCUGUCUAUGAAAUCAACGUUCUAAGAGAUAGGAGCCAAAACCCUCCUCAGAGCAAAGGGUGCUGUUUUGUUACGUUUUACACCCGCAAAGCUGCAUUAGAAGCACAGAAUGCUCUUCACAAUAUGAAGGUCCUCCCAGGGAUGCAUCAUCCUAUACAAAUGAAACCUGCCGACAGUGAGAAGAGCAAUGCAGUGGAAGACAGGAAGCUGUUUAUUGGUAUGAUUUCCAAGAAGUGCACUGAAAAUGACAUCCGAGUCAUGUUCUCUUCAUUUGGACAGAUUGAAGAAUGUCGGAUAUUGCGGGGACCUGAUGGACUGAGCCGAGGUUGUGCAUUUGUGACUUUUACAACAAGAGCCAUGGCACAGACAGCUAUCAAGGCAAUGCACCAAGCACAGACCAUGGAGGGUUGCUCAUCCCCCAUGGUGGUAAAAUUUGCUGAUACACAGAAGGACAAAGAGCAGAAGAGAAUGGCCCAGCAGCUUCAGCAGCAGAUGCAGCAAAUCAGCGCAGCAUCUGUGUGGGGAAACCUUGCUGGUCUCAAUACUCUUGGACCCCAGUAUUUAGCACUUUAUUUGCAGCUCCUUCAGCAGACUGCCUCCUCUGGGAACCUCAACACCCUGAGCAGCCUCCAUCCAAUGGGAGGGUUAAAUGCAAUGCAGUUACAGAAUUUGGCUGCCCUAGCUGCUGCCGCUAGUGCUGCUCAGAGCACACCGAGUGGUACCAACGCUCUCACUACAUCCAGCAGUCCCCUCAGCGUACUCACCAGUUCAGGGUCUUCACCGAGCUCCAGCAGUAGCAACUCUGUCAACCCCAUCGCCUCCCUUGGAGCCUUGCAGACAUUAGCUGGAGCAACAGCAGGCCUCAAUGUCAGCUCGUUGGCAGGAAUGGCUGCUUUAAAUGGUGGCCUGGGCAGCAGUGGCCUUUCCAAUGGCACUGGGAGCACCAUGGAGGCCCUCACGCAGGCCUACUCGGGGAUCCAGCAGUAUGCCGCCGCAGCGCUCCCCACUCUGUACAACCAGAAUCUGUUGACACAGCAGAGUAUUGGUGCUGCUGGAAGCCAGAAGGAAGGUCCAGAGGGAGCCAACCUGUUCAUCUAUCACCUGCCCCAGGAAUUUGGAGAUCAGGACCUGCUGCAGAUGUUUAUGCCCUUUGGGAAUGUUGUGUCUGCCAAGGUUUUUAUAGAUAAGCAGACAAACCUGAGCAAGUGUUUUGGUUUUGUAAGUUACGACAAUCCUGUUUCUGCUCAAGCUGCCAUCCAGUCCAUGAACGGCUUUCAGAUUGGCAUGAAGCGGCUUAAAGUGCAGCUCAAACGUUCGAAGAAUGACAGCAAGCCCUACUGAGCGUGCUCCCCUCUGAGACUGGAGUGAGGGUCUUCUGGUAAGUUGGGGAGGAGCACCCUUAAUGAUUCGAAGCCCUAAGGCUGUGUGUUGACAGCCCUGGACCCUGAUCCCUGCCACUCUCGCAGGCACAGCUUGCCCUGAAGACUCGGCUACUGCCUUCUGUGGGAGUUUCGCUUCGUACAGAGGACAAGUUUGUGCUUUGGUUUCCAGUGUUUUACUUUGGAGUUUAGGUGCCAUAUUCUGAGUUUCUUUUUCUUUAUUUAAAGUUUGCUGUGUUUGUAACCAGUAUAUGUUGAGAAGGACCAACAUCAAACCACCCUGGGGGAGGAAAGGGAAUGGAGAAACAUUAAAGAAGAUCAGAACUUGUCCAGAACUACCCUGAGAGAGGACUGAGUGAAACCAAAAACUGACCCCCAGAAUCUCCCUGAGUUUGAGAGUGGAUGAAAUGAGAGCUGCCGUCCAAGAGCUGGGGAUGGGAGGGUGGAGCUGGUGGGGUUGGCUUUGAGGAGAGAGAGGGACUUGAUUUCCACUGCCCUGCAGGUGUCAGCGGGAACUCUCCUAUAGCUGCUUCUAUGGAAGCACUGAGAUUUUGUCCAGGGUUUCUGCCCCUCUUUCCCAAGAAGGGGCUAACAAUUUCUGGAAAUAAAACACCCGUUAAAUUAGCCUGAUGUAUGCAAAAAGCAGGGAGACACCACCCAUUACCAGCUGUUCCAGCCAGCCAUUGGUGUUGGGCUGGGCUUGCCAGCUUGGGGGCUGUUAGAAAGAAGCAGCCGCUCAGGUCAGUUUUAGUUUAUGUCAACAGGUCAUUAGACCAGGACCCAUUUCUUACAGAGUGUCUAGGGAGACACACUGGUUUCCUGCUUUGUAGUUGACCACAGCAAGGAGUGUCCUUUCAUCCCAAGCCACCGUUUUAUCAUGACGGCAGAACCAAGAGGGGCUUACAGUACCUGGCUGAGGGGGCACUCCUCCUGAGCAGAGUGAUCAAAAGCCAUCUAGUUGGGGCAGAGGAGCCUGCUUCUUGGUGCACCUGCAUCAGAAGGUCCCUUCAAGCCAGAAUACUUCAUUUGCCAGAGGCCAGCCAGCACUUGGUACUUAAAAGGACUAAGAAACGCAUGCUUGCCUCCUUGGUUGAGGUGUCCCAGAUGUAGUAUUUUCAUCAAGGCAGUCCCGUCUUCUAACCACUCCAGCCCUGUCUUCUUCUCUUGGGGACAGAGGAGACAACAGGACGUUUACAGCCUCCAUAUGGACUUAGUGUUUAUUUACCUCAGUAUUAUCAUGUUCGUUUCUGUCCACGUGCUUAUAGUUAGCUCCCUGCUGCCUCCCACGGCCUUACUCCAGCUCUUGCCUGUGAUCUCCCCAGCCUCUGGGCUCUGCCUCUGCUCCAAGAAAUACUGGGGGUGGAGAGCCAGGAAGGACAUGCUGUGGGAAGUGCACUUGGGCCCAGGCAGCCCUGUUAGGAUAUGACUUUUAUUCCAGGCCAGUGACUGGGUCCCUGGGAUCUUAAAUUUCACCAACAUCAGUCCUGACCCCUAGCAGCAGAGAUGAGAUCAAAGGGUUGGUUUGCUAAUAAGUUGGGUGGGGACUCUCUCCUUGUCAUGCUGUCCAUUUGGGUCACAGACAGGGAUUGACCAUUGUGCUGUUGUACAGAUAUUUGGUUAUCCCACUGAAGCUGGGACAGCUGUUCCCUUCUCAUAAUAACUUGGGUCUGUUGUCCUCUAAGAAACGUGAACAUACUUCUUAAGCUGAACCACGUAAACUUGAAUUCUGCGCACUGGGUGAAAUGUGUCCUGUGUUUCAAGGAUAAAACUGUUCCAAAGGCUUCCAGGGUCAUGAUGGGAUUUUUUAAAUAAAUGCAAAAAAUAAAAAUGAAAAAAGAAAAAAGAAAAAAAAAUGCUAGGUUGGGGAGGCGCUGUUCUGAAUCCCAACCGGCCGGAAUUAAGAAUGUUGUUUCUAUUUUUAUAGAAGUUUUAUACAGCUCCGGGGUGGAGAAUAUUUAUUACCUAAAUUAUAUCUCUGGAAAAGGCCAGGAUUUUGUAGAAUCCAGAAUGUGAUUGUUAUACACACAGGGUGCUGUGUAUGAUUGAAACUACUGACUUUCUGUAGCCUGUUUGCAGCCCAGCUAAUCUGCCAGAGGGGGAAGGAAUUAAUGCUGUGAAUUGGCGGUGGAGGGAGCUGUGCUCUCCAGGGUGCUGUGGUGCUGUGAUCACUAACCUUCUGUUCUGUCUUCCUCCUUGGCCAUCGUGGGGUUUUCCAAAUCCCAGAAGUCCACUCCGUUCCCACUUUUUCCCCUCUCUCCCUCCUCCCCCAUUUCACCAUUAUUGCCCACAGAUUUGUCCUGGGCUCUUGAGACUGUCAGAAACCCCUUUCCAAACGACAUGAAGGCAAAGGUGUGAUCAGCCUGCCUUUGAUACCGCACCCUGAGGGUCCUGACCUGCUGUGGGUGUUCUUUUCUAAAAGGAGCAUUUGCCCCAGCAGAGUCCUGGGCUGCUGCGGAGGCCAGCGGGUGAGACUGGGCACUUCUGUCUGUUCUCUUCUCUCCUGCCCAGUGAGUUAGCGCAGCAGCACUGCCCUCGAGCACAGUUUUCUCCCCAGGCCAAAGAUGGUUUUGUGCAGAAGCUGCUCCCCUACAAGUCUCCCGGUGUGAAAGGGUUCAGCUCAGAGAGUGGAGACUCGCAGUCAAGUCUUAUGCAAUCUUUUGCUGUUGUGUGGGGGUUUCACUUACAUAAAUGUGUUUUAUCCUGUAGUAGUUUUUGUUUUCUACUUGGGUUUCAUCAUGAAAUUGAUUUGCCUUGAAUACAUCCACACUGUUCCCUGGGUCCCACAUGAGUGACCAGGGCCUGCGUGGAAGCUAAGAGCUUGGAUUUCUGGGAACAAAGGGCCAUCCCUAUAGGAUUGAGGAGAAAUCCUGGCCCCCUCCCCUAAAGAAUUCCCCCACCCCAGGCUUCUUCCUCCCUGGGUCUUUAACAGGGAGCUGGAGAGGCCAAGGCUCUGUACCACCAGAGAUCUCAGGCGUGUUUGGAUGCUUCGGGGGAAAUCCAAGCCUUAGUUUCCCUCUGUCUCUGGCAAUUGGAUGUUUUCUUGGUGUCCUCCAUGUCCUUUUUGACUUUUCCCUGUGUCCAUUGUUAGCAUGUGCAAAAGUUCCCUGUCAUUGCCCAGCCCCUGCCCCGCCCGCCUCCUCAUUUCAGGGCUGUACACAGUGAGUGUUCCUGUUCUCUCUCUCUCCGUUUGGAUGUAUUGCUCUGUGUAACUCAGUGGGUCUCCCUCUUUCUGGUUUGUUUUUUUUUCUAGAUUCCUGCCGUUUGUUCAUCGUUGUGCCUAAAGCAUGUCGAUGUGGCGUCAAGUACAUCGUCCAAAUCCCUGUCUCUUCAGCUUCUCUGAUGCUUGAACUCUCACCUUUGACCUUGUGUUUGACCUUUGAUGCUGAUGUGUAUUUUUAUUAUGUUUGUUUCUUUUCUUUGUUUUUUCUUUUUUCUUUCCUUUUUUUUUCUUUUGUGCUGCCAAAUUGGUUUUGCUAGAACGACUGCUGAAGGGGAAAUAUUUAAACUUGCAUUUGAAUAUAAAAAAAUCUAUUUUUCUAGAACUUCAUAAGAUAACCACUUGAUUUUGUGAUUCCAAUUCUUUGUAAUUGUCUUCAGAGCAGCCCUACUAGCACAUACCGCGUAGUGUUUGUAUUUCUGUGAACACACAGCCAGUCCGUUUCUAGGCUUUGUUUCUGUGUGCUUAGUUUUAAAGACAACUUUGAAGUAAACAAUGAAAUAAAAGAUGUCACUGAAACCAUUGAGGCUCCUGAGCACAUUUUGCUGAUACAGUUUGUGGGGCUUGAGGAGACCGCAUGUGUUUAUUUUUGUUUUUCUGAGUUCUCACUGCAGAAAACACCUGAACCCCUUUCCCUUUUGACAGCAGGCUGCAGCCAGCCCGCCCUUUUCCUUUUGGGGCUCUUCCUGCAGCCACCUGCAGGGAGCCUUCAGACCCUCCGGCCCCUCCCCGGCCGCUGUCCCUACCCACGCUUGUUCCUAUAGUCUCCACAGCAAAAUGUGAUGCUUUGAUACUUUUUUGGUUUUUGUUUUUGUAUUGUUUUUGUGCUUUUGUUUGGAAUUUUUUCCUUUCCUACUAAGAUUAUGCCCAGAAAAAACAAGUUUUGCAUGUUUCCUGCUGUUUCUUCACACCUUCUUAUAUAUCACCUUCACCUCUCUGUUUUCUAUAGUUUGUGCAAAAACUGACCGAUUUAAAAGGGUUUCAAAGAAGCUGUUUUAAGUUGUUGUGGGGUUGAUUAUUUUUUCAAGAUUGUAUUGUUUUAUUUUGAAGUGGCAACUUUCUCCUCUAUUGCCCUUAGAGCGUUUGCCUGUGCACUUAGACUGUCACCUCAUGUGGCCUCCAGGCCUCAGCAGGGCCUCCAGGAGGCUGGCUGCUCUGCUCAGAGAUGGGUUAGGAAGGUGCCUGAGAGGCACGGGAACAGAGGAAGAAUCCAGAAGGUGGCUGCAGGUGGGCAGGAGGCUUAGCACAUUAGGGGUAGUGAGCAUCUCUCAGCGCAGAGAAAGGAGGGUGCUCUUGACCACUCGGAGGCGGCCAUCUGUGCACUAAGCGGCAGUACACCUGCCAGCGCUUUUCCUAGGUGACAAGCACAAUACUACAGUCUUCACACUGUUUACAGCCCUGGCCACCAGCCACCCCACACUGGCUCUUCACCGCAGCUCUGCUCUUGCUUAUUAGCUAGUGAGGUGGGGUAAGGGCAGGGAUUUGUUUUUUAAAAUUGGGUGAAGAGCCAAAUAGCUACUGUCCCUGGGUGCCAGGCAAACCAGCUCCUUGGUUCCCUGAAGGGAACUUGCCCUCCUCUCUGUGGCACCAUCAGCCUCGGGGUCUUAGGGGCUUGAGUCAGAAUGUGAAUGGCAGCGGAAGAGCCAGGGGAGAUGAGGGGUCACAGGAUGAUCUGUGGAGGUGAGAGGUCGCAGAGAGAGGAGUUUGUGAUAGAUCCACCCAGAGAAGAACUGAGCUGCGAGUGGGCUGGAGAGCUGGGAAGCAGGAGUGCCCAGGGAAGGGUGGAGAGGGAGGGGUAGCCGAGGGACGGGGAGGGGUGGGGAAGGUAGAAGCACUGUUAGCACUAUCCAUGCUGAGGUUGAUGAAGGAAGGGAUCCCAGCAGAAUUUCUGGUCUGGGACCCAGCGGGUUGCCUAGUAUUAUGCUUGAGGCCAUUCUUACUAGAAGGAAAGGGCGGCCCGUGGAGGCCCAGUGUAUGGUAGACUGCUGGAUUUCCUGGAAGGGGCGAGUGGGUGGAAGGAGACCAGGAACCCCAGCCUGAGCAAACGGCCGUGCACCCUACAGUCUGACUGCACAGAGCCGCCUCUGUUGGCAGAAGGCACUGAGGCUCCCCUUCCUGUGUAUUCAGAAUCCGUGUUUGCCAACAUAUUUUGCUUUUAAUUCCAAGAGGAGCUCUGGGAAAACCUGUGGAUAAAACCAAAUGCCAAACGUUGGACGUUUCCUUUUCUUUUUCUCUCUGAUCGUUUUAAUCGUUCUGUGGUGGUUUUAAUGGAUUUGAGACCCUGGAGCGGCAGCUGCCUUUCUGAUUUCCAGCUGCUUUUUGUGAAUAAUUUAAAAAGAAAAAAAAAAGAAUCUUUACAUUUUGGAGACAAACCUGUGUGAGUUUUUUAUUGGUACAAACGUUGUAUUUAACACUAGGGGUUUUGUACAGUUUUUUGCCUUUUCUACUAGAAAACAAUGUAAAGUGAUUUCACAAUGUGAAGAGAAAAAAUUGCCACUAUGACCAAACGCACAGUCUGUUCUGCAGCAACAACGGGAUUCAAUCAACUCAAAGUCGUGAUUCAGCCGUAGAAAUGCUUUUCCUUUACCUUGUUUGAGCUUUUCCUUUCUUCCCUGUUUUGAUUUGCAAAAGAAAAUGUCUUUUUUGUGUGAACUUGUGUUGUACUAUGUAGAAAAUUAUGGAUUUUACUUUAAUGGUUUAAAAAAAAGGCAAGAAGAGCCCUUGUCGCUUUUCUGACCUGAUCACAGUUUGUGUAGUGGAUUAAAAAAGAAAAAAAAAAUUGUUAAAAGUUUGGAGCAAGGGAGUAUGUGUUUAAAAGAAAUUUCCUUUUUUUGUGUGUUUUUCUUUUUUUCCCAAUGGGGAACCUAAAUCUGUUUUAAUUGCACAGACACACGGACAAAAAGUCAUUUUGUAUCUGCCAAGUGUGGUACCUUCCUUUGUUUAUUUGCUAUUAAACUGUUUGAGAAGAA